GGCAUGACCUGUCUGUCUUCAUCUCUCACUCUGUUUCUCUCUCAUCAAGCUCAGAGUCCGAGCUUCGAACCCAGUUAAUUUGGUCCUUCCCAAAAACCCUAAUCACACCAUGCCUUCGACAAUUCAAUCACUCAAAACCUCAACACACUGACCACCGUAACGACCACCGCCAUUACACCGAACCUCAUAAUGUCAAUCACACCCCAAAACCUCCUUGCAAAUUCACAGCCUCGUCUCUCUUUCUACUUCUCAAACACCCAUCUCAAAAGCCCCACUUUCUCUCUCUCACUCUCCUCCAAACCCUUCACGAACCCCCUUCAUUUCCGUAUCCCAAGAUACAAUUCACCAAAUAUUUACAAUGUCAUGAAAUGUUUCCGUACCCAUCACUGGCUUCUCAAAGCUUACGAGCCGAGCAUAAGUUUAGGGAAACAGAAUGAUAUCAAUGACUUCAAUUUGGAUGCUUUUCUUUCAAUUCUUGAGUUUCUAUGUCUUGGAUUUGCAGCUAUUAUUUCAAUUGGGUUUGCCGCGAAUUCGGUGGUUUCGGGGUCACAAAACCCCAUUUUGGGGUGGUUGGGGAACAGUGUUUUUGUGUGGCAAUGCGUGCUGUUGGUGGGUGGCGUAGUGUUUGGGGCUGUUAUUAGGAGAAGGCAGUGGAGGAGGAUGGUGAUGGAUUUUUCGAGGCCAGGGGGUUCAAAGGUUAAUUUGGUGGAGAGGAUUGAGAAAUUGGAGGAGGAUUUACGGAGUUUGGCAACAAUUAUCAGAGUUUUGUCAAGACAGCUUGAGAAGUUGGGGAUUCGGUUUAGAGUCACCAGGAAGACUUUGAAAGAGCCCAUUUCCGAGGCUUCGGUCCCUCAUCCCAAGCCUACUUCCGAGGUGACUCCUGUUAAUCCUACAGUCGCCUCCUCGUCUACACGGUCUCCUGAUGUAGAGGUGCAAGCCGAGGAGCGUUUGACAAAGAAGAGGAGUAUAGAGCCACACAAUGUUAUUUAA